UCAGUUGACGUCAAUCUUUAAUCUCAAAGUAAUGUCCUGUUAAUUCUCGCUGUCAAGACUGUGAUUGUCAGUUUUCUCUUCCGCGAAAUUCCUAAAAUUAUCCUCCAAUUUUAUUUCUUGGCAAAUGCAUAGAAGUGCCAAGCCAUAAAGAAGAAAAAAAAAGUAAACAACAACCUCAGAAAAUAAACAAUAGAAUAUGUAUUUAAAUUAUAUACAAUGCUGAAUCCAAGUAAUUACUAUUUGCCUCUUCCGAUUGUUGUUAUAGAUUUCUAACCAUUAUAUUGUUUGAAUUAUAAAUUUGUGCUUCUAAGGUAGAAAUCACAAUAAUAAUAAGGAAGAAAAUAUUAUAAAUACGUUCUAAAAUGCCACCACAGGUAAUUUUACUAUUUAGUGGGAAAAGAAAAUCUGGAAAGGACUUUUUGACUGAUCAUUUACAAAAACUGCUUCAAGACCGUUGUGAAGUUCUAAAAAUAUCACAGCCAAUAAAAAGUCACUGGGCUACUGAAAAUAAUUUGAACCUCCAUGAACUAUUGAGUGAUAAUGCAUACAAAGAACAGUAUAGAUUGGAUAUGAUAAAGUGGAGUGAGGCGGUAAGAGACAAAGACUAUGGCUGUUUUUGUAAACAGGCCUGUUCAAAUGCCGCUGACAAACCUAUAUGGAUAGUCAGCGAUAUAAGAAGAAAAACAGACAUCCAAUGGUUUAAAGAGACUUAUCAGGACCUAAUUAAAACUAUUAAGAUAAGUGCUGAUGAAAAUACAAGAAAAUCCAGAGGGUACCAGUUCAAAUCUGGUGUUGAUGAUGCAGCUUCAGAGUGUGACCUUGAUGAUUAUAUCGAUUGGGACUUAGUAAUUAAUAAUGGUGAAGGAAGCCAACCAAUCGAUGAACAGUUGGUCAGUAUUAUGUCAUUAUUGUCACAUUUAUGACAGAAAGAGAAUUUGCAAAAUAUAUAUUUAUAAAUAUGGUGGUGUUAUACUUGUAUUAUAUUUAUUUUCAAUAUAUGAAAAUCAAAGAUUUUUAUUGUAACUGCUGAUAACUAACUUUA